AUGCGGACAUUGCAAUGCAAUGAAUGGUGGCACGAGCCUGUGAAGUAGAGUCCCAGGGGGUGAAUUGAUGUUUGUCGUUGAAUUCAAUUUUGGACUUUCAAGCACGAUUAUACUGUUUUAUUAAUAAUAUAAUUGAGAAGAUGAUUUCAUUCCCCAUAAUUUAAAGAAUACUGUUAUAGCCUUUCAUGCCUCAUUCGUAAAAUAUUCCAGCUUCCUUGUGUACCUUUUUAUUUUAUUACUGGUCACGAGUUUUCUCCACUGAACUCUCUUUCGUUUAACCUUAACCCGCGGAGCCACAACGGAAAAUAGAAUUUACCACCCACACCAUUUCCUUCUCCCUCACGAUCUCCCCGCUACUGACCGGUGGGGUGGUCAUCAAAACACCGAAAACUCAUCAAACUCUGACGGCACUGUAUUUUAAUUACAUUCUGUUUCAGAAUUUAGCAACGGCGGAUUACCUCGUGAUGACGGUAAAGGCCACGGACAACGACGACGGAACCAACGGGAAGGUCCUGUACCAUCUGCAGGUCAACAGCGCGAACGUGCAAGAAACGGACGAGUUCGUCAUCAACGAGAUGUCCGGCGAGCUGCGCAUCCGCAAACCGCUGGAUCGCAAGCGGCAGUCGCGCUUCGAGCUGAUCCUGGUGGCCCGUGACCAGGGCACUCCGACGGCGUUCGAGACGUUGCGCUUUUUGACGGUGCUGCUGGUGGACGUGAACGAAAACCAUCCGGAGUUCCCGGACGCGUCGAAUCCGUACAAGUUCUUCAUCGCGGAGAACAGCCCGCAGGAUAUUAGGAUUGGGAAGAUUCAGGCGUUUUACGACAGUCAUGUGCCGAAGAUUUACUACUACAUGAUGCUGGGGAACGAGGAUGGGGCGUUUUACGUGGACAAGAUUAGCGGGGAUAUUUACACGAACAAGUCGUUGGAUCGGGAGGAGACGGACGUGUACGCGUUGUACAUCCAGGCUAGUAAGAAGUCUGAUUUGGUGAUAACUGAGAGGGAUCGGAUGAUGAUGUCGAUCAAGAAGUUGGAACGGGAUAGCACGGUUGCGAAGGUGUGGAUUACGGUGCUUGAUGUGAAUGACAACCCUCCGGUGUUCCGACAGGAGGUUUACUACGCGGGGAUUAGUUCGAAGGCAUCGAUCAACGAACUGGUGACUAUCGUGAAUGCGACUGAUCGCGACUUGGGGGUGAAUUCAACGAUGGAGCUGUUUAUCAGCGGAUCGUUCCUGUACAAGUACGGUGCUACCAAGACUACCGGAAGUAUUGUGCCGAGUCCGUUUACGAUCAACCAGGAGGGUCGCAUAACGACGGCAACUUACAUGGCCGAGUACAACCAGGACAGGUUCAUUCUGGACGUGAUUGCUAAGGAGGUUGAAUCUCCGGAGCGUGUGGCAACCGCCAAGGUUUACGUUUGGAUCUUCAACCCGGAACAACUGGUCCGAGUGAUACUGUCCAGACCACCCUCGGAGGUGCACAUGGAUCGUGACGAAAUUAUUUCGGAACUGUCGAAUGCUACACAAAAGAUGAUUAUCGUUGAUGAAAUUAGAUAUCACGUAGAUAGUCUGGGUCGGAUUCGGAUGGACUGGUGUGACAUGUACUUCCACGCUAUCGACAUGAACACUCAGAUGAUUGUACCGGUGGAGGAGAUUCUGCGAGAAAUCGAUGCCAAAUACGAUUUCCUACAGGAUUACAACGCCGGCUUUUCGAUCGAGAACGUGGUGCCGGCCUACGCAGCCAACGUGCAGGACGAGUUCGACCUGGCUCUGGCGGCGAUAAUCGCCCUGCUGAUAGUGCUGUUUGUGGGUGCCGUCAGCUUCAUUGUGCUGUGCUGCUGUCUCAAGCACUGGGUCAUUACGAUUCCGAACGAGACCAGACGGAAGGACGCACUGAUCAAAAAGCAGAUAAUCGAGGAUUUAAAUACUACCGAGAAUCCACUUUGGAUUGAGCAGAAACUCAAGCUGUACGAGGAGCAGGAACUGACGAUGCAAGUCUUCUCGGAGCCGGAGCUUACGCAGCAGCAGCAACACCAGCUCAACAGCUCAAACAAUACGUCCUCCUCGGGGAGUCCCCUGCAGGAACAGGCUCUGGUCCUCGGUUUGGACCGGAGGAACUCGUACGAGCUGUCGCAGGGCGGUGGGGACAAUACGUACGCCACCAUCCAGCCCCGGAAUUACGGCACUAAUCUGAGCACGGUGCUGGGCAGCGGGAUUGGUGGGGGCGGUGGCGGAGGAGGAGGUGGCGUGGGCGGCCUCGGACUGAGCGGAGAGAUGGCAGACUAUGCGACGCUGAGGGACACCAGGGCACCGUCGAUGUACGAGUUUCGAGGGUCAACAUUCCAGGUGCAGCAGCUGAACGGAGUCGACCAGCCCGACUACGUGACGGAGUUAAUUUAAGCAAAGUUCAAUGUAUUUUGAUAAAGAAGCAAGAGACAAAAAAAAACACAAGCAGCUAGUAGUAGAUAUCACUAGACUAUAGGAAUUGUGAGGAAGUUAAGUGAAGGAUUCUCACCGCAGCUAGAUAAUUGUGAAAAAAAAGAAAGACAAUUUCAGAGGGUGAUUUUGUGGUGCAGUAGGACGUAACUUUUAAGAAACUCGUUGCCAACUCGGAAUCACAAAAGGAAUCGAAACGGAAACUAGAAUGCUCAAUUUGUAACACUGUGUUAAAAUACUCAAAACAGAAGUGGCAGAUAAAAGACAUCAGAUGAACUUGUGAAAAGGUUUUUUUAUGAGGCAAACAAAACUUUGAUAGACAAUAAAUAGGAAAUAUCUCAUAAAAAUAAAAUAUUUACGAGAGGUAUUGAUUUAACUUGUGAAAAGGAAAGAGAAAAAUGCACGUGAUUUUGUGACGUUUGAAUUCAGUUACAUUAUUAAUAAUUUCUAUCAACGUACUGAUCAGCAACGAAUACAUAACUAAUUAUUUUCAUAAGCUAAUUUUAUGAACAUGCUCCUAUUCAUGAUAUCAAUUGAUUCACUUAUCCAACAAAGAGCAUCAUUUUACAAAUGCAUGAAAAACCUGGAAAUAAUUUCCACAGAACCAAGUGGUUUCCAUUUAAUUUUUCAUGUUUUUUUAAACCGCGUGACCAUUCAACCACGACAGAGGGCUUGCUCAUUAUAAAUUAUCCACCACCAUAAAAUUUCCUUUCGCUAAAAAGAACACACACACACACACACGCGUCGAAUGGAUCGAUUCAAUUUAAUAAAAAGAGCAUUGAAAAUUGAAAAAUGAAUCCACAACCACCCGCUUGUCACAAUGUAGAGGAAAGAGGCGUAAAAUGUAAAUAAUUAAAUUUAGCAAAUGAGUGAAGGUUAUUUAAAUUAUUAAAGAACGGUUACGUUUAAUGAGUGCGGACAGCAUUGAUACAAAGAUAAAUUUAUCUGAUUUAUCGGUGGAAAAGACCAACAAAACCGACAGAUAGAUUGUCGAACAAAACAAAAAAGACAGCUUCGUUUACCGAUGUACAAAUUGAGAGGCAGAGAGUGAAUUUGAAGAAAACUUGAGUCUGGUUUGAAAAUUCUUUCAGUUUUGUGGAGUAUAAAGAAAACACCGGAAAUAUUAUAAAACUGAGUAUGGAAUUCCAGAUGCGACGAGUUUGUCCAUCGGAGCUAGCCGUUUAGGAACGUAUGUCUUUUAAGCAAAUAUGGUUUCUGUAAAGAGUAAUCAGAACGUUUUAAACAGAUUAGAAAACAAUAAAACAGUUUUUCUUAGCAAAAUGUUAAA